AUGUCAACAACAGAGAACACAACAACAGUUAUAGUCCAUGAAGCUAUAAAUGAAGAAUACGAGUACAUACAGUAUAACAAACAGUUACGUCUCAUUCGUUCGGUCAAAGACGACAUGUACCAAAUGCAAAGUAUUUUGAAUGCAUGUUUUGCUCCAGAUACUAAACACGCAGACGACUGGUUCAGAAACCAAAGCACACAAGAACUUUUGAGUGAAAUUUCUCUAGACCGACUUUUUUCGGUCUUGCAUAAAACACAUGAAAAUCGUAAAAAUUUGCCAAUAAAUUUAAGAGGAUAUUAUGUUCAUAGACUAUUAGUAAAUGCAGUUGCAAUGUGGGCUUCUCCUCGUUAUGCAUGGCAUGUUUACAAACUUCUUGACGAAAUUCAUAGACAAGAACGUGAAGAGAUGGAAAAGAAACUUCAAGCAAAAGAUGAAGUCAUUGAAGCAAAAGACAAAAGCAUUCAGAAAAGAAUACCACGUUCGGUACCAAAAGGUAAGGAAAAGAACUAUAAGUAUAUGAUUUAUACUGAAGAGAUGGAAAAUGAAGAAGACAGAGAUAUGGUUAUGUUGCAUUUAGUCAGAAGAAACAACAAGAGCUUUUACGACCUUGCUAAGAUUUACAAAUCUGACAGAAACUUGUUAUACCUUAUGAACCAAAGAAGACAGACGACUAUGAAUAUUAUGAGACUAUGA